CAUCAUUUAUGGGGCCUGCUGAUAUGUGUGAAGGGCUGAACUCAUCACACCAAUGUGGUUUCCUUAAAAUACGUCAUGCUUCACUUCAACAUUGUUUCUGGUUUAGUUUGUCGUCCUCAGUAAUGCACAGAUGUGGAGCUUCCAGAUUGUGUUGUUCAUCUUGUCUGCUGCUGUGUGUUGUGUGAGCCGUGCUGCUGGUUUGAUUCAUGUGUUUGGAUACGAAGGAGGAAAUGUGAAUGUUUCUUGUCCAUAUGACGAGGGUUAUGAAAGUUAUGAGAAGUAUCUGUGUAACGACCCCUGUGGAAAAAACGAUGUUUUCACAAGAUCCCAAAAACAUAAGAACAAAUACUUCACCUAUGAUGACAAAACAUCAAGAAUCUUCACUGUGACCAUCUCUGGUCUAUAUUUGGAUGAUGCUCAAACAUACUGGUGUGGAGUGAGCAGAAGAGGAAAAGAUCUCUACACUGAAGUAAAGCUGGAAGUAAGAAAAGACAGAUGCUGCGACAAAGUGAAUAAAAUCCAAAGUAUUGAGGAAGGUUCAGUGACCAUCAGCUGUCCGUACGACUCUCAGUCUGUCAACAAGCUGAAGUUCCUCUGCAGAGGAAACCGGCCCUCCACAUGUCGACAGCAGGCAGUGAUCACCUCUAGCAACACACAAAAUGGACGAUUCAGAAUCUCUGAUGACAGGAAGUCAAGAAUAUUCACAGUGACCAUUUCCAGUCUGACCCUGAAGGAUUCUGGGUCGUAUCUUUGUGGAGUCCAGAGAAACUCAGGAUUUGAUUAUUUCUCUGCUGUUGAACUGGAGGUCAAAGAAUUAAAGUCAUACAACAUCAGUGGCAUCGAGGGACGUCCAGUAACUCUGCAGUGUCCUAAUUCAGGACAACAACAUGAUAACAAGAAGUUCCUCUGUAAAGGAGACCAACACAACAUCUGUACAGACAUGAUGGAGAACCAAACAAAGUUCAAGCUGCUCAAUGUCUCCUCCACCUGUUUCUCUGUGAUCAUCACUGAACUGGAAGCAGCUGAUGCAGGAACAUACUACUGUGGUUCAGACUCUCAGCUGAGAUUCAUAAAGAUACAGCUGGCAGUCGUCUCUCCAAAUAAAACCAGCUCUGUGGCUCCAACCAGCUCUGCUGAACAUUUGACAUCACAGCCACCAUCAUCACAUAAUCCUGAUGUUUCUUUAUUCUACAUUCUGCCUGCGGUCUUCGCUCUGCUUCUGAUCCUGACAUUUGUCCUUUUGCUGGUUUUAAAAUACAAAUCAAGGAUCAAGCAAGUGGAUGGAAUCAAUGCAAACGUGUUGAACUCUGCUGAUAGUAAUGUGGAGAUGAGAAUCAAUGAUGUCUAUGAUUUACAAGAGGAUGUUGUUUACAUGAACUCUUCCUUUCCAAACAUGUUGAAUCGUGAUAACAAUGAUAUCUACAACAACAUCCUUUAAAGGAGACCAGCAGAAGUUAAGAACCACGUGACCAAUGUUUCUAACAUCUUGGGUGUGAUGAUGGCCCCCUGCCUGCUGUUUUGCAAUGUGGCCUGUUAAUUUUCAUUCAAUGAGGGUCUUGGAGUUGGGAGUUGCUUAUAAUCACUGGUCCACCUGGAUCAUGUAUCCAGGGGCCUGGAUGACCAUUCAUGGACAUCCAGGCCCAGAAGCAGAGAGAACUAGAGGUCAGAUCGAGAGGCGGAGCCAGGAACCAGAAGGUGUGGGGUGCUUCAGUCGCUUGACACGAUGUGGGAAAAAGUUUGUGGUUCGGAUGGACCACAUGUGGAGGAGUCGCUUGACCAGACCUGGGAGCAGAGGCUGAGGCCUGUGGGGGCAAACCAGUCCAUGACUGAGGGAGAUCUGCACCAGGCGGAGGACCAGGCCGAAAGGAGCACACGCCGGUGUAGCGGUUCUUGGGCUGCCGCCCACUAAAUCUAGACAAUCAUUUUAAUAAUAAAUGCCUCUGAAGGGCUUAAAAUGGUUCUUGUUGUCGUAUCCUCCCAGUUUCUUGUUGCAGUCAUCAGAGUCAGGCCGUAACAUUGUGUAACAGAUGUCAGAUAAGGAUAUUUAAUACUUAUUAGUAUUAAAUAUCUAAUAUUUAAUACUUAUUAGUUUUUAUCUCAACUGUUAUUAAGGUGUGUUGAAACUAUAUGCAGACAGAACAAGUCAAAUUGACAUGUACUGUCAUAUCAGCCUGGGCAGUGAAGGGCAGAUGAUCUGUUCACUGUGUCACAAUAUGCAUCUUUAGGCUCUGUUGUGUUUCUGAAACCAAGAAGGAAUUUCAAAAGAAGUUUCAAAGAAUCUACACAUACAAAAAAUUAUUCACACCUAUGGCAGAUUUAGGAGUUUGGUCCUAUUUUAAUUUUAGCAUUUUCUUUCACUAGAUCCUGUUACUAUAAGCAGUUUUUGCAAUGAGAGAAAGAGAACCUGGAGAACAUCGAUGAAUGUUCUAAAAUAAAUAAGCAAACUAUAGACAGAAAGUUCUGCUUCACUUAUAUUUAAACAGGAAAUAUUCUUGCUGAGAUGAUACAGCACUAACCACUACACCUCAGCCCUCCCACGUUUCCUAUGGCCAUUUCCUCCAACUUUGUGAGCACUUAUUUUUAUUUUACUAAUAAUAAGCAUGUCUUCUUACUGUUUUGGUUGUUUUCACAGAGUUCAGUUUUAUUAUUUGAAAAAUAGAGAAAAUGAUCAUUAUACACAUCAUUUAUGAGGCCUGCUGAUAUGUGUGAAGGGCUGAACUCAUCACACCAAUGUGGUUUCCUUAAAAUACGUCAUGCUUCACUUCAACAUUGUUUCUGGUUUAGUUUGUCGUCCUCAGUAAUGCAAAGAUGUGGAGCUUCCAGAUCGUGUUGUUCAUCUUGUCUGGUAAGUUUUAAUAUUUAUUUGUUUACAAAUAUAAAUUAAACAGUUUCCAUUGGCUUUAAAAAGCAGGAGUAGAUUUUGUCAUUUUAAAAUCAUAAAAAUUUAGGCUAAAGUCAAAUAGACAAGAUGGCGCCCUCCGUGGCUGAUAUACUACUGUUGUGUUUCUUUUUGCUUUUAAUUAAAUACAUUUACAAUCAAUCCAUUAUCUUUUAUAGAUAUGGCCUUUUCUAUUUAUAUAUGUACACUUUGCUGAGGAGUCAGACUAAGAAUUUCAUUCUAUGUUUUUACAAAUGACAAUAAUUUUUAUUUAAAGUUUGUUGCGUUGAAUUAUAUUUUUGUUCUCUCCUGUUUCCAGCUGCUGUGUGUUGUGUGAGCCGUGCUGCUGGUUUGAUCCGUGUGUUUGGAUACAAAGGUGGAAAUGCGAAUGUUUCCUGUCCAUAUGACGAGGG